CUGAUUCUAUGUUUUUUGCAAUAAAAAAUAUAAUAAAUAAAUUACCAAGCUAUAUUUCAUAAGCUAAAUCCUCAACAUUUUCUAAAUAAAGAAAAUCCUCUCUAAAUUUAGGAUCUACUGAAUUCUUAACUUAAAGACUUUUAUUUAGUUUUAGCAAGAUGGAUAACUAAUAAAAUCAAGAUAUAAAAAAUAAUUAGUACUCUUAACCUAAAAGAUUAGGAGAAAGAGAUGCAUUUGUGGGAAAAUGGUUAAAAAUGAAGUACAUAGACUUCGAAAUACGAGGUAAAAAAAUAGAAAAUUACGAAUCUAUAGAGCGUACAACAAGAAUUAAAAAUACUCCUUAUGAUGGAGUGGCCACUUUUGCAAUUAUAAAAAAAGACAAUUAACCUUCAAAACUAAUUAUUAUUGCAAACUACCGUGCUCCUGUUGAUAAAUUUGUUUUAGAAAUCCCUGCUGGUCUAAUGGAUACCCCAGAUUUAGUUUAAAAUGCUAUAAGAGAAUUAAAAGAAGAAACAGGUUAUACCGCAGAAGAAUAACCUUUAAAAGUAUCAAAUAAAGAGAGUCCCCCAACCUAUACAGAUCCAUGGAGAAGCUGUAGUUGCACAAAAUCAGUAUUUUUAGAAGUAAAUGGAAACAAAUAAGAAAACAUCAAUCCAAAAUAAGACUUAGAAGAUGCAGAGUCAAUUUUUGUCCAUUUGAUUGACAUUGACGAAAAUAUUACAGAUACUUUAACAACUCUUGCUGAAAAGCAUGGUUAUAUAAUUUCAUCUACUUUAUGGUGCUUUGCCUAAGGCAUUUAAUUUGCAAAAACCUUCCAAGUUUGAUUCAAAAAUUAAAGAAUAUCUUUUGUUACAAAAAGGUACCAAACAAAAAAUAAAAAUAAAUUUUUGUGAUUAUAUUUUCUCAUAAAAACUUAUUUAAAAUAAAUAGAAAGGGUGAAUAAAAUAUAAAAAAUAAUAAGUUUAUUAUUUAUUUUUAAAAAGUAUUAUAAAAUAUU